GCAUUAGAAUACCAUGCGUUGCCGUGUGGCGUUGUAAUCUCAAAGGCCGUGUGGCGAGCAGCGUACGCUUUGUUUCAUUUUCGGCAGAUGGCACUAUAAUCGCCUAAACCUCAGCAGCGCGACUUUUUGAAAUGUUUUUAUUUGUCUCACUCUUUCGUUCAAGGACAUAAUUCCUUGCGACUCGCACAGAUAACGCAAGAGAGCUACGAAUAAUCUAUUUUAAAUUUCCGAAAUGUCGUAACCACGACCCCGUAACGACGUGACGACGUAGCGCAGCAGACGACAGCUUCUGUAGCUUGUGCGCCAUUGCCACAGCCAGAAAAGCGAGGCACGAUCUGCUUUAGCAGAGUUAGUGUAUAGAUUACAGCAACAGUGAAAUUUAGUUGUUAACUUAACGUUAAACCGUUCUGACAAAAUGAGUCAAAUAGGCAAGGAGCGCCGCGACGAGGACCCGCAAGAAGCCAGCCAGGAUGACACUUCCUACGAUGCUGAAAUGGCUUCGCUAGUUCAGGACCCGAACUUCCGUCAACAAGAACGAUCUCCUCAGGUUGGCAGAGACAAGGAGCCCAGCAGCGACGUUGACAGGAUCUGCGAAGAAGUCGGAAAUAUUUUGAGCGAGCUGAAACAGCAGACUGAGAUCGAGGAGCUGUACCUGUCCGGCAUACAGGAAACCGUUGGCUCACAGGUUGUAGAGGCGGUGGACGAGUUCGUAAAGUCUGCGAGAAGGUACUUCGACUACAAAAGAAAAACAGUCUUCGAGAUCGUGUCGGAGAUCAACGGCGCCCUGCAGAGAAUCGCCGAGCACGACAAGAUGCGAGACAUCAUGAAGGAGGCAAUGGAGGCCGCUUGGAACGCAUUGGCGUGAACGAGGCCUUUGUGCAUUUGUGUUGUCGAAUAAAGCAAACGGCACGAUAAUAAAGGCUUUCCCUUAGUUCAUAUUGUACUCUGGAGGGGCUUGCGUGGUCCUGCGCGCUUUUUCUGAGAAACCCGUACAUGUACGUGUUUCCUUUAGCUUAAUUCGGGCUACAUUCGGAUGGGUGACUGUUUUUUUUUUUUUUUCCUUUUCAUGAACUGUUUCGAAUGUUCGACCGUAUGCAUGCCGCACCAGCUACGAAGUACACCUCUUUAAAUGACUGGAGCACUGACGACCUAGAUAUUUGAGCGAGGCCAUAUAUAUAUAUAUAUAUAUAU